CGCCCCCGCUCACUCUCCCGGCGGCUCCGGAGCGGAGCGGAACGAAGCGGAGCCGAGCCGAGCCGAGCCUCCUCCCGGUGCCGCCGCCGGGGCGGGCGCGAUGGGCGCGGGGCGGCUCUGACGGCGGCUCCGCCGGCGCCAUGGACCCGCGGCGCCUCAACGAGUCGCUGCAGGAGCUGCUCUGCCGCCCCGGGAACGGCUCCGGCUCCGCCACCGGCACCGGCUCCGCCGGGAACGGCUCCGCCUGCGACCUCCUCCGCAGGGGCUUCCGCGGGCCCCCGGCGCCCAAAGACCUGGACCUGACAGUGCGUGUACUGCUGUACGCGCUGAUCUUUGUGCUGAGCGUCUGCGGGAACGCCCUGGUCGUGGCUGUGCUGCUCCUGAACCGCCGCCUGCGCACCGUCACCAACUCCUUCCUGCUCUCCCUGGCGCUCAGCGACCUGAUGCUGGCAGUCUGCUGCAUGCCCUUCACGCUCAUCCCCAACCUCAUGGGCACCUUCAUCUUCGGAGAGGCCGUCUGCAAGCUCAUGGCCUACCUCAUGGGCAUCUCUGUCUCGGUCUCCACCUUCAGCCUGGUGGCCAUCGCCAUCGAGCGGUACAGUGCCAUCUGCAACCCGCUGCAGUCCCGCGUCUGGCAGACGCGGUCGCACGCCUGCCGGGUCAUCGCCAGCACCUGGUUCUUCUCAGCGCUGCUCAUGUUGCCAUACGCCGUCUACAGCACCACGCACGCCAUGUCCACCCACGGCGCCCGCCCGCCCAUCAGCCAGUGCACCCACAAGUGGCCCAGCGAGCAUGUCCGGCAGGCCUGGUAUGUCCUGCUGCUCCUCAUCCUCUUCUUCAUCCCGGGCGUGGUGAUGAUCGUGGCUUAUGGGCUCAUCUCCCGCGAGCUCUACCGAGGCAUCCGCUUCGAGCUGGACAUCAAGGGGGAGGCUGCAGCUCAGCGCAACGGCGGCAGGGAGCCGGCACCCACCUGCGACGAGGGAGACGGCUGCUACCUGCAGCUCUCCCGGCCGGGCGGCGCGCUGGAGCUGCGGGCGCUGGGCACGGCGGGCGCGCAGCAGGACCGGGCGCGCAUCAACAGCUCGGAGGCGAAGCUGGUGGCCAAGCGGCGCGUGAUCCGCAUGCUGGUGGUCAUCGUGGCCAUGUUCUUCCUCUGCUGGCUGCCCAUCUUCACCGCCAACACGUGGCGUGCCUUCGCCCCGCAGGCGGCCCAGCGGGCGCUCUCGGGGACGCCCAUCUCCUUCAUCCACCUCCUCUCCUACACCUCCGCCUGCGCCAACCCCCUCAUCUACUGCUUCAUGAACCGCCGCUUCCGCAAAGCCUUCCUGGCCACCUGCGCCGGCUGCCGCCGUGCCUGCCCACGCCGCCCGCUCGAGGAGGAGGUGGCCAACGCCAAUGCCUCGCUCUCCAAGUUCAGCUACACCACCGUCAGCAGCCUCGGACCCCUCUGAGCUGGCCGUCCUGGCCCCCGCUGCCCCCCGGGCUCUGCCUGCCCCCCCCCGCGUCCCCGCCUGCCCUGGCACCCUCCCUGUGUCCCCGGUGUGCCUGGCACAGCUCAGUGCACCCCCAGCCUCCGGGCCCCCCGUGCCCCCCCUCACCCGUCUGCUCCAGGGCCUCACCAGCCCCCACACAGCCCCAGGACCCCCAGCGCCACCCCCAGGGCCCCCCAGCUGCACACGCCACCGUGCCCAGGCUGGGCUGGGGCCACAGAGCCGGGGCAGGGGCUCCCUGGGCCGGUAGGGAGACCCUCAGGGCCGGACAGGCCAGGGGCGGGGGGGGGUCAAGGUGCCCUCAGCCCAGCCUGGGGUCUCCCCGCUCCACUCCUGGGCUCUGGCCACAAUAAACUCACCCUGCGCCUGCC